GUCUGUGACUCCAACACAACUUAAAGACAGUCAAAGGUGGACAAAGUUCUGCAGAACAGCUGUGGUUUGAUGGAGGCUACAGCUAAAUGCUGCCUCCUCUAUAGUACAAUAUAAAUUUUUAUACAAUGACAUCAUUUUGAAGAGCUUUGGCUGAUGAUGGUCUUUAGUUGUUGAUGAUUGAUGAUGAGAUUAUGAGGUUAUGUUUUUGUUGUUCAUUGUGUGUUGUGUUGCUCAUUCAAGAAUUGAACCUGUUAAACAUUCAGACUUGCUUUAGAUUUCACCGCUUUAGUUAUGACGCACUUAUUUAUGAUCGUCCUACAGUCUGAUGUAGGACGAUCAUAAAUGUCAUGUGACUUCCUGAAACGAGAUUGAAGCGAAGGUGUUGAGUUUGAGUAGCAGAAAAGACAAAACGUUUAGCUUUAUUUAGACCUUAAAUUGAAUCUAAAAAAGUCGAGAUACUUGGGACAUUCAUUGGAAAUACUAACAGACUCAGACAUUUAUCACAAUUAAAGUGUCGGCUCAGCUGACCUUGAGAACUCGGACAUGUCAGCUGUAACUGCGUCACUCUGCUCCACUUUGCUGUUUGUCGGCUUCUUCGUGUUUGUCUCUGCAGAUGAAAUCAUCACAGCUGAGUUUGGACAGGACGUCACUCUGACAUGUCGAGCUCCAAACAACAACAUCAUAAAUGUAGAGUGGAGCAGAGCUGACCUGGGAGAUGAAUAUGUCCUUGUGUUCCGGGAUGGGCACUUUCUUACAGACAACCAGCAUCCAUCUUUUAAGAACCGGGUGGAUCUGCAGGACAGACAGAUGAAGGAUGGAGACGUGUCUUUGAUUCUGAAGGAUGUGACGAUUAAUGACACUGGAACAUACGAGUGUCGUGCCCAGAGAGAAGGAGACAAUAUGAAGCUCGUCAACAUCUUCAACCUUCAUGUUGAUCCUCCAGGUCAGACAGGAGGACAAGAGAAGGAUGAAGACAACAAAGAUGGAAGGAAGAAAAAUGGAGUAAAGAAGAAGGAUUUACCUGUCGUACUGAUGUGCUUCUUGUUGCUGCUGCUGUUUUCUUGAUCUACAGAAAAUAUAGAAAAGGCUCAGUAUUCUGUUGGACAUCAGCCCGUUUCAGGCGUCUCAGGGUUUCGUACAGAUAACUGUGAGACUCCUGCUGCUAUUUCAAACCGUUAGUGUUGACUUUCAGAAUGUGGAAAAAAAGUGAGAUUUAGCUUUAGAGUUCAAAUAUGUCCCGAAUUUAGUUUCAGGUAACACUUUGUAAUAACCAUUAUUAAUAAAUGAUGAAUUGCUAUUUACCUUAAGUUCAUCAAAGUUAUCAUUAAACAAUAAAAUCAGAAUUCAUAGACAACAAACAUUAACUCUAUUUAUUAAUGUUUGCUGUUGGUCCUGUCCUGGUGGACUAAACCUCACACUCAGUGACAGCUGGAAUCGGCUCCAGCCCUGUUGAACUGAAUUUCACCAGCGAACGAGAAACUAGGAAAUUUACUUCUUCACAAAUAGUUGGUUUAGAAACAAGAUCCAACUUUUACCAAAAAGUCCAGAUAAUCCUCACAGAUGUUGUUUAUGAAAGCAUGUACUGUAUAAGUAGGCAGAUUGAUAACUCGUUACAUUGUGUGUUUACAUUUAUUAGAGAUGGUUAUUAGAACGUUUUACAAGACUUAAUUUUUCAUUUCAUCAAACCUGUUCAGACUGUGUUAGUGUCUGUCUGAGCUCUCUGUCAGCGACUCUGUGAUCCACAGUGUUUGUUCCUCUUCAUUCAUUUUUCACAGGAUUGAUUAAGACCAUGUAAAACAGUAUUACAAACUAAACCUUACAUUAAAUUAGUGUUACAGUACAGCUUCUUUACACUGUGCAAGAAUUCAAUGUACAAGAUUUUACAGUUUUGUAAAAUACUCUACAUGUGUGAGUAUAUUUGUUUCCUUUUUCUGUUCAGCAGCUGUUUGUAAGAUCAAACUUGUUCUGUGAGGAUUGAGCUGCACAAACUGAUACUCAGGUAGAGAUCAGCUGUCACAGAAUAAUUACAGUCACUGACUAAAUCAAAUGACAUGACAAACACUGUAUAAAAUAAUCCGAACAACAUAGCAAAUACUGUGAAUUAUAAGGAAUCAAUAAUCGGAGUGUGAAGGAUGCACUGAUCUGCUACAGUUGAAAGACACCUCAAAAACAUUUUGUUACAUAAAAUUAGGUAGAGCUUUUUUCCGUUGUCAUGUAUUGAGUAUUUGGGUCUUUUCCUUCUUUAUAUUAUUCACCUUUAGAUGAUGUUACUUUUUUAACAAAAUAAAUAAGUUUGUGGAUGUUUUUAAGUGAAGCCAGUUUAUCAAAUUUUACAGUUUACAAAGUGUUCUGGGCAAUAAACUCCAACUGUAUAGAUGCAGAGUCAGAUAUUCAUUUCUCUAAAUCUGUAUCACAAAGCUUAUUACAUAUUUGUUGCUUUGUAGCCAAGUCAUUUUAUUAUUGUAUUAUCAGUAUUGUAAUGUUCUUCAUCAACGUUGUUUUUUUUUCAUGCUUUUCUGUUUUCAUUUGAACUUUUGAAUGUUUCUUGUAAAGUUUGUCAUGAGCAACAACAAAUAAUUCAACAAAAUAAAACCAGAAAAAUGUCCAUUAUGCACAGAGCCUUGAUCAAAUUUCAG